AUGUGGCUCUCUUCGAGAUCAUCGAAACGUCCCGCUAAUUCCUCUCCUUCUCCGCGCCGAACUUCUACAGCUGCCUCACGCCCAACAUCUCCAGGAUCUACCCUCGCUGAAGUGCUUCGCAAGAACCCUUUUCGAGCAGGCUCCAAAGAGUCGCUCUCUCGCAAAGAUGAAGAUGACCCUUCGAUAUCACUAAACAAAGACCUCUCCGUGCUCGCCGAUUUCUUUCCCGACAUCAAGAUCGAAGUACUUCGAGAACUACUCAUCCGGUUCGACGGAGACAGCAGGCUGCCGAUAUGCACCGAACAACUCAUUAAGUACAAGGUGGAAUGGGCCAGGGGUCGGGUGAAUAUACCACCAAGAGGAUUAGAGGAGCCGAUUGCUGUGGAAGAACAAUUUAGGACCAGAGAAUACAUCGACGCAGUCAAGUGGACGCUCGGGCGAGAGUUCAACGGACUGAGCAAGGGUGCUAUAGAUGCUGUACUGGCCGAGGUCAAUCACUCAUACACUCUGGCACGACCUACACUACAAGCGAUUGCGAGCAGAUCAUGGAGAAACACAUUCACAAAUCUAUUCAAGAAGAGGCGAUCACAGAGUGAAGCGCCGUCAGUUCUCCUAGAAAAGACAAAGACGGACACAGGCAGCGCACGAGUACUGAGUACUGGCAGUCAAGAGCUUGACGGAGAACUUUCAGCUCUCUUCACAACGCCUAUACAAUCCCACAGGGAGGACCAGCAAGCGGCCGACCUCAAAAUAGCACAAGCGCUGAAUACACAAGAAGCCGAGGAAGCCGAUGCCCUUUUCGAAUGCCAGGUCUGCUACAACGAUUUUGCUUUCGAAGAUGUCUCAGCAUGCACACAAUCAGACCAUACCAUCUGCUUAGACUGCGUACGCAGAACACUACAUGAAGCCAUCUUUGGACAAGGCUGGGCCAAAUCAGUCGACGUCGAACGAGGCACAUUGAGAUGUCUCGCAACCGAUUCCUGCGACGGCUGUAUCCACCAAGACCUCGUCAAACGAGCCAUUCUGCGCGACAAGUCCGGCACCGAGACAUGGACAAAAUUCGAAGACAGGCUCGCGGAAUACAACCUGCAAACCUCCGCACUACAGCUCAUCCGCUGCCCCUUCUGCUCCUACGCCGAAGCUGAGCAAACCUACGACCGUGCCUCCGCAGCGAACCUGACAUGGCGCUUCCGCAGACCCGGUGGCGUCAACAUCUUUAUGUUCAUCCUCCUUCUCGAACUCCUUCCCGGCAUACUCUUCCUUCUCAUCCCGUUUAUGCUCUUCUUCCCGAAUUUUUUCGUCGGCUUGUUCUACACUGCGCUCGGACACGCAGCACUGCAAAAGCGCACGUCUCGCUUCACAUGCCGCCGGCCCUCGUGCGCCCGGAAAUCAUGCCUCCAAUGCCUCAAGGCCUGGCACGAUCCGCACGUAUGCCACGAGCCCCUGAUCCUCUCGCUUCGCAAAACCGUCGAAGCCGCGCGCACCGCGGCCGUCAAAAGAACAUGUCCACGCUGCGGGACGAGUUUCGUCAAGUCCUCGGGCUGCAACAAGUUGACCUGCGUCUGCGGGUAUAGCAUGUGCUACCUGUGCCGGAAGAACAUAGGUAAAGCCGGAAACAACUCGGAAGGGGGCGAAGGAUACCGACAUUUCUGCGAACACUUCCGCCCGACGGCCGGCAUGAAGUGUAGCGAAUGUGACAAGUGUGACCUGUACAGAGCUGAAGAUGAGGAUGCGCAAGUCAAGAGGGCGGGCCAGGAGGCCGAGCGCUUGUGGAGGGAGAGAGAAGGUAUGGUCGGUGUGAAGGGGCUGGAGAAUGCGGUGGGCAAUGUUGCGGGCCAAGAUACGCUUUGGGCACGGUUCUGGGAGGGCAGAUGGAGUGUGCAGGGCGUGGUGGAUGGCGUGGUUGAGCGGUGUGUUGUGGUUGAUAUUGACUGA